UCCAAUUUAUUUCCCGUGAUCAACCCAUCCAUCUCCACGCUCCCUCUAAUCGCCCGGUUGCCCUUCCCGAAAUCCCUCCUCCUGAGCCGCGCCAGUUCUGCCGCUCCGCCGACGAGAAAUGCCGCUCGCCGCCGCCCAGAUCGACCACCUCCGCGCCCUCGUCGCCCGCCGCGCGCGGCACCUCGCCCGCGUCCGCACCUACCAGCUGACCUGCCUCCCUCCGCCUCGUUGUCCGGCUCCCCGACAGCGACGAGGACGACGAUUACUAUCCGGAGCUCCGCUGCUACGACGAGGAGCACCACUAUGAGGACGGGCAGGAGGGGAGCGAGGAGGGUGUCGUGGCGUGGAUCUGGAGCGCCGGAUCUGCCUCCUCGACAACGAACGAGCUAGGGAUGUAGGUCAAUCGUCCCUGGAGGAAGAGAAUGCUCCCACCUGUAUGCAGAUGAGGCAUUAUUGCUGGACUUGGCCGGGCAGGAAACAAGCGGAUUUUGUGCUGACAAGGAGUUACAUGAGGAGACUCUGAAAAAAAUGCAGACGAGGCCUUGCUGGACUCGCCAAGGCUUUCUCCAAGGCCGUGUAGGUUAAGAUUCGUUGAUCUUGCAAGACCCAAAUACAGAAAAACAAUCUAUCAUAUCUUGGAUAGGUUUUGCCAUAGAAGUUUGGUAUGAUUCUUGUUGAAUGUUGCCACGGAAUUUGUUUCUAUUAAUGCUCUGACCUAGCCUUGGUUGGAGCUGAUUUUGGUGCAUGCAUGGAGAUGAGUUAUGGCACAUUUUGCUACCGGUUUACUUAAAAUAGCUAGGAUUUCCAUCGAACUGUAGGAAAGGAGGGCAGGUUUGUAGGGGGUUAACAAGCAAGAGAAGUUAGUCAAAGUCAGGCUUCAGUUAAGACUGAUCUAGAACCGGUUGAACAAUGCCAACAGUGCAUAGUUGUAUGUCAUCUAGGGCUGUCUCAAUUUCAUAUCACCCGGAGUUGUCUAAUGUCUCUGAAUAUGCUGAUCUCCGGAGGUAAUAAAUUUUACAGUACUUAGCAUACUUAGAUGAAAAGUUAAAUCAUGCAUGUGUUCGGAAACUAAGUUCAAAAUCAUGAUGUGUUGUCGGUUUCUUUAAUUUCUAAGUUGUGAGCUCUUUUUUGGGAAAUAUUUGGGUUUGCUUGAUUUUCGUCUUCCUUGCGCCUUUGGUCACCACAGUAAUAUAUAUUUUGUCUCAAUUCAUGGGCAUUCACCUAUGAUAUCAAAUAAUUCUUCACUUAUUGGUAGAUGCAAUUGUUAAAUUGUGUUGACUCAUUUUGCUCGUAGAAAUGCACAAGCAUUGUCCUAGGGCGUGUUUGGUUGCCCGCAUUAGGCCCAACCAGGCCCGCGUCGGAAGAAAAUAGUCUGUUUGGUUACAUGUGUUCACUGUUUGGCCUACAUCGCAUGAUGUUUAAAGCACCUCCAGCCAGGCCCGCUAGGAACCUCAAAAUUGGCAGUUUUUCUACAGCCAGGCCCGCGGGAUGCACAUGGUCGGGCGUGGGUGCACGCGAGGAGCCACGCUAGAGACUUCACGUUGUUUCCAGAACCGUCGACAAUAAUUACCCUUACCUUCCCUCACCGUUCUCUCUCCCCUCUCCAUUAUCCCACUGUCACACCGGGGGCGGCGUUCAGCGGAUCGGAGAACAACAAGGCAACCAUCGGCCUCCAUCACCGGCAUCAGAAACAUCACCCAUAGCACUUCGGCGAUGAUGGUAAGCCCUAUUUUCACCUCCUCCCAUACAAAUUCGUAUUCGAUCCGCGUUCAGAUUCAGUCUGCGCAAUCCAUCCGCGCUCAGAUUCGGUCCGCUUAAUCCAUCCGUGUUCAGAUUCGGUCAGUGUAAUCCAUCCGCGUUCAGGUUUGGUCUGCGUAAUCCAUCUGCGUUCUAGGGGAAUGGGGAAUCGCGGUAAAUAGCCAUAGGAUUGUUCAAAACUUCUUCAUGAGUACUAAGUAGCGAUGGAUUUUAGGGUUCUGGUCUGGAUUGAGUACAAGGGGAACGGGAUUCGGGGUUAAUCUUACACCAGUAGCUUUAAAUCCUAGCCGCGGUGACCCUGGAGGCGCUUGGAGCGGUGGUGCCCCUCGGUCCUGUAGUUGUCCUCCAGCUCGACUGUAGCAUGCACUGUCUCGUCAUCCUCACCGUCGUCCAGAUCUAUUGGCAUAGUACGAUGGGCUGGCUCCGGCGCCUUGACCACCAUCGCCACUUGCUUCUUCCUCCUCCGGCUCCAAAGCGACGACCUUCGGCGCCACCGUCCUAUUCCAGAACGCUGUGGCACGCUGGUCUUGAGGAGCUCUGUACUCCCUGUAUUUGGCGCAUCUUGCCCUCUGUGCAGCAUCGCAGGCAUCGGCCUGAUUCAUGGCCCAACGCAGGAUGUCGAUUGACAUAGCGCCCUUCACUAGGUCAGUAAUCAGCGUCUUCAACUCCUCCGUCGUCGAUGCUGGUGAAGUUCGAGCACACUUCCAUGGUGUUCUCGAACUUGGUGCGGUCACUGAGCGAGCACCCGAGGAAGAAUGCCCUCCAUCCAAUGCCCCAGGGGAAGGGGUUGGAGUUCAUGGCGAUGGAGGUGGUAGAGGACGAUAGGAUUUAAUGCCGAACAACCUUUGAACUUUGUGUUGUUCAUAAUGCAGAUUGAGGCGAAGAACAAGGGCAAGGAGGCGGUGUCGGCAAUGGAGAAGGGCAAGGAGGUGGUGCCACUCACAGACGAGGACGUGGUGGUGGAGGAGCCCCGCAGCGGCAAGUGCUGGAACUACGGGCACUACCAUGAGGGUGGGCCAACUCAAUUCUGCAAAGUGCAUGCCUAUGCCCCUAGACUUCACGAAGCACUUCCCCGUCGUGCGGACGGAGUUAAGCUGAAGACAAACACCGGCUCCCAAUGGAGGGUCAUUGUCCAGCUGAUGAACGGCCGAGUCAACCUUGAUCGGGGUUGGGCCCUCUUUGCCGUCGUCCACCAGAUCAAGAUCCGGUACUUGGUGACCUUCAAGUUGCUGACUCACGACACCUUGAAGGUGACCGUCUUCAACGACGACGGCAUUGAAGUGGUGACCAAGUGUGGGAGGCACAACGACGCCUUCGCAGUGAACGUCUAGGAGAGCUCUCUGUUGCACGUGCUAGUUUGGUUAGGACUAUGUCGUACUGGUUUGGUUAAAAACUGCUUUGUUUAAGUGUCGUACUAUGUUGAGAACUGCUUGAUUUAGUUUAAACCUAUGUUUAUAUGAUAUCUAUUUGUGUGUCUUUGGUUUGUUCUGCCUGCCUAGUGUGUUGCUAACCUUACUACCUCCAUGAGGAGGUUACCCAUGGGGCUUGUUUCGUUUAGUGAUUAGUCCCACAUCGCCUGGCUACGCAAAACGGGGUCGGGUGCUUGGCUAUUUAAUAGGACGUGGUGCCACGCAUGGAAGGGCAUCCAAAUCCUUGGUGAGCCCAACGCAGGCUACCCUUUCGGCUGAGUCGCGGGAGGUGCCCAACAAGAACGCGCGUGACUGUCGAGUUGGAGCCAUGAGGGAGGAGAAAGGGGAUCGACUGUCCAAGCAUUGCGGCUCACGCAUGACCCCUGUGGCGGGGCGGGGUUCUUCUUUCCGGCCAUUGUCGAUGCAGAGCAAUGGGAGAACGCCGCCACUGUUCUCCCCCAGGAGUGGCCGUGGGAUGCCACCACCUGUUGUUUAUUCCCGGAAACAGGGGGCUAGCGCCGAUGGCGGGCCUUCUGCCGUACAGAGAGACGGCGGCGGCAACCACCUUCCCAGCGGCACUGACGUUGGCCAUGGCCAACCAGUGAGCGAGAGGCCGCUUCAGAUCGUUCCUGCUAACACCAGAGCUGGGAAGGGCAAGAACGUGCCACCGGCCGGUGGCAACGGCGGCACUGCCGUGCCUGUAAAUGGCCGCGUACGGAAGACACGCGCGCCCAAGGGGAGCAGCACUCUAGCGGAAUCCAGGAAGGUGCCCGGCAAGAAAUCUGACGCUGGGGAACCGGCGAGCAUGCACCAUGGCGCCCAAGGCAACGACCAGCUGAAGACUGUCUCGGCUCCAAGCAACAGCAGGAAGAAGAAGAGCACGGCCUCUGCCUCGGUCGUGCCAUCGAGCCGGAGGCCUAGCAGGAAUAACAGUAGCACGUCCGGCACCGCGGCGGCCGGAGCCAAGAAGCACACCAUCCUGACAUGGCUGAUCGACUCCGGUGUGCUCAGAGAGAACGAGAAGGUCUCGUACGUGGACAGCACCAGCUUCGCCGCGAAGGCCUCUGGCGCGGUGACUAGGGCCGGCAUCCAGUGCACCUGCUGCAACACCGCGAUGGCGCCCCCGACCUUCUCGUCCCACGCCGGCUCCGAGGACUCGGCACUGUGGGAGAGGCUCCUGCUAAAGUCCGGCAAGUCGUUGCUGGAGUGCGUGCGGGAGGCGUGGCAGGGGGAGGACCUGAGGACCUUACACGCCAAGCAGAAGGCACGGGCUGCGCUGGAGAAAGAACGGGAGAGGAGCACACAGGAGAAGAAGCAUGCUCUGCUGCUCGCCAAGCAGAGCAGGAAGGAACGAGCCCUCCCCCUCGACGGGACCAACUAUGGCGGGGACGACGACCGGAGCGACGACGCAUGCGGUGUGUGCGCAGACGGCGGACAGCUGCUGUGCUGCGACAGCUGCCCAUCCACCUUCCACCCGGAGUGCCUUGCCGUGCAGGUCCCUGAGGACUCCUGGGUCUGCCACUACUGCCGCUGCUUCCUGUGCUCCGCCGAUGAUGAUGGCCAUUGCGGCCUCUCCAAGUGCAACCAGUGCACCCGCAAGUAUCACCACCACUGCCGCGCGUCCCUGUUGGACGGGCACGAGAUCGCCCCCUACUGCAGCAAAGCCUGCAACAAGAUAGCAGUGAAUCUGUCAAACAUGGUGGGAGCCACGACCAGCAUCGGCGAGGAAGGCCACUCAUGGUCCCUGUUAAAGAUCCAGCGGGGCUCCAUGACGUCAGACUCCGCCGCCCUGCUGGAGUGCAAUGCGAAGCUGGCAGUGGCGUUUGGCGUGCUGGAUGAGUGCUUCAACCCUGUGAAGGACCGGCUGACCGGCAUUGACAUGAUUCGCCAGGCCGUCUACAGCCUCGAAUCGGACUUCAAGCGGCUGAGCUAUGAAGGUUUCUACACCAUAGUUCUGCAGAAGGACACGGAGAUCAUAUCGGUAGCCUUGCUCAGGUUCCAUGGCGCCAAGCUGGCGGAGAUGCCGUUCGCGUGCACACUGCCGCAGUACCAUAGACAAGGGAUGAUGCGCCACCUCGUCAAUGUCAUCGACAAGGUGCUAGAAUCGGUGCAGGUGGAGAAUUUGGUGAUCUCGGCGGUGGCCGAGGUAGAGGACACAUGGAAGAAGCUUGGCUUCGUGACCGUAGAGCCGCAGCUGAGAGAUGAGGCCAAGAGGCUCAGCAUGGUCACCAUUCCCGGCACCAUCCUACUCCAGAAGCCCACCGCCAAGCAGGACGUGUUGCGGAUAACCGAGGACGAGCAGGCGUUCCUGGAGAUGAGCUGGCCGCGCUGCAGCUUCGUCGACCUCUUGACUGGGAUCGCGUUCCCAUGGCCGCCAUAUGCUGACCCUGUGGCCGCUGCGGUGAGGGGAGCGGGCGGCGGCGGUGGCGAGGCGUAACUACGCCGUGGCCUCAUGCAGCACCUCGCCGUGAACAAAUGAUCAUGACUCCAUUUUUCUGAAGAAUUUGUUGUGUUUCUUUAUUUGACAAUUGAAGUUAGUUUACAUACCGUUUGUUUUAAAAAGUCAGAAGAAUGGACCGAUAACUUUGAAGUUUUAACAUUUGGAGUUUAUUUACAUAUCUUAGACAUGGUUCGGGAAUAUUUGAGCUUAUGUUUAUGUUAUCAUGAGAUCUAUAAGUUUUUGGAUGACAA